ACAAUUUGACUAAUUGGCGCUAUAUAAAUAAAAUUGAAUUGAAUUGAAUCAACUCUCUGAGCGGCCUGAUGGCGGCGCUGCUGACUCCAGAGUGGACGAAGAAGAAGAGUUCAGGAGGUUCCGGUGAGCAGCAGGAGGAGGUUCUGAAGAGGUUCAGAGAAAACCGGAAGCGGUCCUUCAGCAGAUUCACUAGAACCCGGACACGUUUCAGAGCCUCCGACUGGAGGAAGCGGCCGAUCCGACGUUUGUGGACGGUUGCUGAGAGACGGGUUCUGGCGGAGCUCCACCCCGGUACCGGAGCACCGGUAACUCCCGAGCCUCAGACGGAGCAGCGCGACGCAUGCGCAGCUGUUGACGCGAGCAGUGUCACCCGUCUCCAUGGUAACGGCGUGUUGUGAUCAGACAUGGCGGAGCAGAAAGUCCAGAGCUGCGACAGGAGAGAGUCUAACCCGAGCCCUUUCCAUGGAUACAGUCAGAGAAGAAGUCACCCCCUGUACCGGACCACCAACCAGACGUACGGCAGCAACACACCUGGAGCUCACCUCACACAGGUCCAGAGCAGAGGAACGUCCCGUCAGUUCUCAGAGACCAUGCUUCUGAGCGGGAUGUAUCGGGAUCACGGUUUCAACACGUCCAUGGACAGGAGCAGAGUGACUGUUUCCCCAGGAACCCAGCACAAGAGAACCAGUCUCCAUCAUUUAUGUCACCAUGGAAACCAAAGCAGCGGCAGCGAUGGGAACCAGUAGACAGAACGCUGAUGUCCAAACAAGUAAAUGAGAAAAUAAGUUUCCUGAUAGAAAUCACAGGAUUGGAAAAGAUCAAACAUUUAAACAUUUAACUCCAGUUGUGAUCUGAUGAAACUAUGAUUUAGUCACACUGUGAAGAUGAUUCCAGUAAAAUCCUUCACUCAGAA